GCGUUGAUGUGAAGACUCGUUGCGCAGAAAGGAUGAAGGCCCAAGCACCACAAGCAGCAAGCAGCAAGAGCGCCAAGUCUGGGGUGAAACGGAUUGGCCCGAAUGCGGCCAAUGGCGAGACAGAUCUUCGAAUCCACUGCUGUGCACGCGACCAGCAACUGCCCCGCCGCUGCUCGAACGAGAAACCAGUUGCCGCUAACUUGUUCAGAGCCGAGGCCGCGUUAUGGGUGGCAGGCGGGCUCUCGGGCUUUUGCGAGUUCAUGUUCCAGCCAAGAAUUCGCUCCGCCCUUGGCCCGGACUCUCCGGAUACUCCGGAGUCUGCGAGAAAAACACCACCAUUUCCGCCGCAGCGUUCAAUUGAAAUGUCGUCGAGUUCAAACAUCAAGUAGGAAAAAUCAGGAGGGCCCUGCCGAUUUUUCAAAAUGCCCCCACCGUCGAGGACUUCGUGGCUUCGGCUGCCGCGGCCGAAGUCCUUUCUCGGCCUGAUGUCCCUCCAGACAGGCACGGAGCUGGCCUCCAUCGCGCUGCUCUUCAACAAGGCGAUCGGCGUCUACGGCAUCCUGACGCUCUUCACGGGCUACUCGCUCUCGGCCCUGCAGGUGACCGCGUACCUGUACUCGGUCCUCGUGCUCGCCGCGCUCGCCCUCUGCGCGCCGCACAUCCGGAAGCUGAGCCCGCUCCACACGCUCGCCCUCGCGUGGGUGCACGCCGUCGACACGAUCGUCAGCGCCGCCUACACGGCCGCGUUUGCGGCGGGCUGGUAUCUCGCCGCGGCGCACGGGACGGCGGGACUUACGGGCGCUGGGGAGGAGGGCGCGGGAGCGCCGAGCAAUCGGGAGGCGCCGCCGCGGCGGCAGCAGCAGCACGACGAACCCCAGGCCCAGGCGGCUCAGGGCAAGGCGGGAGGAGCUGGCGUCCCGGACACGGCGGCGAGCAUCGUCCUCGUCGUCGCCUUCACGCUCGUCCGGGUCUAUUUCAGCCUGGUGGUCAUGGCAUUCGCCCGCAUGGUGCUGCUGCGCUUCGUCGACGAGAGGAUGGACGAGGCGCACGACAGCUCGGGCGCGUCUCCUGACCCCUUUGCCGUCGGCGCUCCGUUGGGAGAGGGAUGGAGAGGCAGGCUAGGCAGGGCCAUGGUCUCGUUUGGGAGGGGAUACUGGCUUGGGGGGAGGAAAGAGGAUGAGGAAUGGGCGCGUCAGGUUAAUUCCAAGUUCCGAAGCAGCAGGAGAUGAGCUGGGGCGCGCAGUUGGGGGGCAGGGGAGGCGGCUCAACAGCUGCACUUGGGAAACGCUCGGAUGCUUUUGAGGAGUCAGGACUGAUGAAUUGCAUAGCUGCGGCGUUUGUCGUUGUCCCUUUUUUUGCGAGCUCUGUUUGCAUGGGCAGGAGGAGAGCAGGGAUGCGCUAGAGGGGGAGGACUUGGGAUGGUACUAUGGAAUCCGGUCAGGUAGCGGCUGAAUAAUUUACAGUACUGCGUAAGAUGAUGGAUGCCUCUGGGAGUCUCGGGAAGGUUGGGUGCCAGAGGUGCGUUGCGGCUUGCAGCGUGCAGCAGC